AUGCUCGUCCACGGCCUCUCGCGCCUCUGCUCGGCGGCGCGGCAGCCCUGCGCGGAGCUGCGGCGCGAGGUCCACAUGCACCGCGCCUACGUGGCCCAGUCCGUCCACCUCUUCAUCCUCUACUUCUUCAACAUGGCUGUGCUGGCCACCUACCUGCCGCAGGAGGCCCUCAAGCUCGUCCCGCUGCUCACGGGGCUCUUCGCCAUCUCCCGCCUCGUCUACUGGCUGCUCUACGCCGUGGGCCGCUCCUUCCGCGCCUUCGGCUUCGGCCUGACCUUCGUGCCGCUGCUGGCCAUGCUGCUCUGCAACCUGUACGGGAUGUUCGUGCUGGAGCCCGACAACCUGCUGGCCGUGGCGGGCGCCAGGGCCGCGGGCCCCGCCAAGGACGGCGCCAGGCUCCGCUUCUGGGGCUGAGGGGGCUCUGCGGCGGCCCCACGACGGGCCCUGCAGGC